CGGCCCGGCCCGGCCCGGCCCGUCCGGCGCGGCCGCCGCGAUGAACAGCGUGGGCGAGGCGUGCACCGAGCUGAAGCGCGAGUACGACCAGUGCUUCAACCGCUGGUUCGCAGAGAAGUUCCUCAAGGGCGACAGCGCCGGCGACCCCUGCGGGCAGCUCUUCAAGCGCUACCAGCUCUGCGUGCAGAAAGCAAUCAAAGAAAAGGACAUACCCAUUGAGGGUCUGGAGUUCAUGGGCCCAAGUAAAGGAAAAACUGAGAACUCCUCCUGAUGUUGGCAGUAUGGGUGGAGUCACCAACCGCAGCCUUUGGACUAAGCACCAACACCAGGUGUGCCACAGGUGCCACCAGGAGAAGACCUUUGUUAACUGCUUUUUAGGAAGUGAUGGCUGUUCUCUGCUUAUGAAAACAAACAGCUAAAAGAAAAAAAAAACUAGAUAAUGUGGUAACUGCUGCCUCCUUGCCAGUGAAACUUGGUGGUGGUUCAGCAUCUGACAGCUUAAAAAUCCAUGUGAGCUUCCUACUGAAUGUACUCUGCAGUGGGGAAUGCU